CGCAUUUCAGAUUUGAUCUCAGAGUGUACACCUAUCUGUCGCUUCAGCAUUCACAACUGCACAUGGAGGACCUGUAAGCAGCAAUGUGGCUACAAAAAAGAAGGGUUGAUCUGGCCUAUUUUCUAUUACUUACUCUGUGUAUCGAAGUCAAGGGACAAGACUCUAGAUGUUCCCUUGAAGUUCGUGUGCCCCGAAAUAUUACACAGAAUGUUUCUGUUAUGAAAACUCUGACAAUAAACUGCACAGUAAACUACUGUGAAGAAGAACCUGAAGUAACGUGGUGUAAAAUACUUGGGACUGACUGCAAACCACUGAAUGCAGCAGUUAAAACUUCUUGGAAUCAAUCAAGCAACCAUUCAGCUGUCUCUUUCCUCACUUUCUUCAAUAUCUCCUUGAAUGAUAGCGGCCAGUAUCGAUGUAAAGCUGUGGAUGUCAGGGGAAUUAGCAGUGUGGGGCAUUCUACUACUGUUAAUGUCUCAGAGGAAGAAAACUUGCCCACACCGAACAUGACCACAUCAGGAGACCAGGAAAAAAUGCCUGCCCUGCAAAAUUAUAGUUGGCUGACAUAUAUUUAUAUAUGUGCGGGCGUACUUAUCCUGAUAAUAACUGUGGUGUUAAUCUCAUUUUUCUGCAUACAAGGACACAGAGUGAGGCCCAAAUCAAAAGAAGCAAUGCAGACAAAUCAGAAGCAUAAAACGCCUAAAGCCUCUCGCCAGUCCAGCACAGCUGCGAGUUUACCCAGUCGUCCCAGUAAUCGUAUUAAACCCGCUGUUCUUGCCGAGGAGCCAGUCUAUGACAAUGAUCACCACUCCAGAACUUCUAGACGUACUCGGGCAUCUUCAAGCAGGGGUCGAGCUAGCAGCACAAAUGAAUCAGCCCCGGUGGCCAUCAUGGUCAAUCCCCCCGAUAUCUAUUACAACCAGGAGGUUGAGGAUGAAAAUUGUCCCAUCGUGUAUGCUGCUCUGAGACAUGCCUAUAAAACAGAGGAAGGCAGUGGGCAUGUGCGUCUAUCUGCAUCUUCUGAGGAACAGACAGAGUAUGCUGCUGUACGAUUCAGAAAUGAAUUCAGGACACAAGACAACGUCUGAGUACAUCGAUUUACUAAAAGGAGCAAAAUGACAGAAUGGACUGCAGCUUGAAAUAAAUCAAAAUCUACUUUCUCUUAAAUUAUCUUGUGAACUGAAAUCUGAGGCUGUAAAUCCAGUUUUUACAUUUGUUUGGAUGGUGCUAUGAAACCAAACGGAAGGAGAUACUAGUAAUAAUGGAGCCUUAAACACACAGAACAGUUUCAAUCCAGGUACAAUUUUGAUCAGCCACAUGGUAACAAUUGCCUAAUUGGUGAUGGCAAAAGGCACUAGUUCAUUGUUUCUUUUGUUGAUUUAUUUUUUUUAGCAUUGCUCUAUAUCUUAUAAUUGAUUGUUUAUUGUUAUGGAUGAAUAAUUCAAGAAUGUUUGAAAAUAUAGACUAACCUACAGUACACCUACAGACAAAUUAAACAACAGCAACUGAAAUAGGUGGCAGCCCACUCUUUGCAGCUGCUUCUUCAACAGUAAGGAAUGUAAUAAUUUUACUUUAAAAUGUACUGGUAUGCAGCUACCUUCUCUGUUCAUCAUUUAAUCUUUAUAAAUUGACAACCUCUGUAAAGGUAAAGUAGACAUAGUGCAUGGCAUACAGUAAGUAGACACCAAGAAAAUGCCCCCCUUUCUCCAUAUGCAUGUGAAUGACAGGGGUUGAGACAGUGAUUAUUCUUAAUCAUAACAACCGCAUUUUCAGUCUAUCUGAGAACCUGUCCGCCAAGAUAACAGCAAUUAAGAAACAGAAAAGUGGUCAACUGUCCAAUAUGACUUAGAUUGAGUAGAACCACAAUCUAUUUUUACAGAGACCUCAAACAGCUUCAGCGUGACCAAAGCUAGAGUCAUGUGGGACCCUACAGUUAACAGGCUGUAUAUUCAUUUGUUAGUGAAUAGUUACUGUUUCACCACUGACGCCACAUCAAAAUGAUCCCUCUCUUCAAGUGAAAGACGUUUAACCUGCAGCUUCUCUUUAAACAAUCCACAUUACUGUGUGUUUUAUAUAAAUGAUCCAUUAUUAGAUGUUACAUGUUUUAUAUUAUUUACAUUUUAAAAGACAAUCUACAGCACACAGUUAAUCCAGACUGAGAAAUUAUAUUGUAUGUUUGUAUUAAAUGUUUAUGAAUAGUCAUAUCAUAUGCUUCAUAAGGAAUACAUCUUUCAUAAAUAUAUUUAAUGGGUCAUUUUCACGUCAGUUCAAAUCAGACAAGUAUUUGCAAAAUUCUGUAAAUUGCUUUUCAAAGCAGUACAUAAAAAAUAUAUAUAUAUAUAUUCACGUAUGAAUGUUCCAUUAAUUUAAUACAGACCUUAUUGCCUAUAGACCUUACUGCCUAUCUGUGUUUUUCAUUAAAACACUACUUACAGUAUUGUAUACUGAAUCAGGCAUGAGAUCAAAUCUGAAAGUGUUUUGUGGUAUGUGAUUUCCCAAAAACUGUAUUAUAAUUGCAAGUAUCUAUCCUCCCAAUGGAUCACACCCCCAGUCCCAAGAUUAUCUUGUUUUCAGGUGAUAUACCUAUAACAUACUGUACCCUUAUAUCACCAGUAUAUUACUAUGAAGAAAACCUAGCAGAGCCAUUUGCAAACCACAGUAUUAUCAGUUAUGGUAACACUAUGGGUUUGAAUUUGCUUUUAACAUAACUUAGCAUGCAUCUUGUGUCCAGGCAUAUUCUUAUUAAUGCGUCAUCAAAACUAAACUAAAACUGACACUUUUCAUGGAACCCACAAUAUAAUGUGCCCCUGCAGAUCUAUAUGAAUAAAGGGAAUUUACAAAGUAUAUGGAAAAUCUGAAAAAUGAUUAUGCAGAUGUUAUUUUGAAGGGAUUUCCCCUAAGAAGCUCAUUUCACUCAUCCCAAAAGUUUCCAGUGCUUGGUGAGAUGAAAAUGAGCACCUUGAAAAGUAAAGAUUAUUACUUAUUCAAAGAUUUACAGGUUGGAAGCUUUACACAGAAUGUAAUAUCUAUAUACUGUAUGUACUGGUACCUGGCCACAGGGCAGCCCCUGUUAUAAUGCAACUCUUCAUAGCGUGGAACGGGUCAUAAAGCAGAAUGGCUGUGGUUCACAAUUUCCCCACAGAAAGUUAACAUUCAACUACAUUAUUUCUACCUGAACAUGUAUGGUCCCAGCUACAUUAUUAUUGUCAUAAAGAAAGGGCAUCAGAAAUACAUACAUGUUACUAAUGAGUUGGAAAAAUCGGCAUACAUUUACUAGGAAAUGCUGAUUUUGACCAGAACUCUCUGUUGUCUUUAAUUCAGCAUAUUGGUUUAUGUUAUUGAAUAAAUAUUCCGUGCUUCAAAAAAUCACUAUCUUUCCCUAUGCUCUUUCCUUCCCACACUCUCUAUCCCUGCCAGUAUUACUAGAACUGUAUGUAGAGAUGAGAACAAUCAGUGGAGUCUUCCUUUACUGAUAACUAGCCUUGUCAUUGAGUUUAUGAACACCAUAGAUUGCAAUUACAGAUGGUGGCAACAACACCAAGCUUCUUGGGUUUUUAAACUUAAAUCCUUUUGCCUUAGAGGAUUAAGUUCUCUCAGUCAGGAGAAAUGUGGGCUAACAAAAUCAACUGAAUUUGAAUAGGCUACCGGACUGUAUGUUUCGUUUCUAUAUAACACAUGUUUCUUACCAGGCUGAUGUAUACUGUAUUUGUUAUACUGUAUAACUGAGACCAUUGAAAUGUAAUUAAUAAUAUUUUACUGCUGCUCUUAUUGUAAGACAGGAGAUUCUUUGAAAUUGUAAACUAUUGUAAAUAUUUAUUUUGAUUGGUAAAAGAAUGUCACAUGCGAUGUAUAUCUACUGUGUUCCAACACAUAUGUUAAUAAUAAAACAAUAAUUGAUGUAAAAAA